GUCUCUCAGAUUGUUGCUAGAAGGCGACUGCGUCGACGUCUGAUUAGACUCGCGGCGAUUCACUUCCACGAGAGCGUUUUUCCUCCGGCGCUCAGGAACCUACCCUGUGCUUCUCGACUGUGGGGCCUGGAGGGAGGCGCAUUGAGCCGACUCGAGAGCUAUCUGGGGCGCCCAAGCGUUCCGUUCGUUACCCGCUCAGCGCCAUGUCCUGGAUGUUCAAGAGAGAUCCUGUUUGGAAGUACUUGCAGACUGUCCAAUACGGAGCCCAUGGAAAUUUUCCACGCCUCUCAUAUCCAACUUUCUUUCCCCGUUUUGAAUUCCAAGAUAUUAUACCUCCAGACGACUUCCUAACUAGUGAUGAAGAGCUAGAUUCAGUUUUAUUUGGAACUUUGAGAGGUCAUGUAGUUGGACUACGCUAUUACACAGGAGUAGUUAAUAAUAAUGAAAUGGUUGCGUUACAACGAGAGCCCAAUAACCCCUAUGAUAAGAACGCAAUUAAAGUAAACAAUGUGAAUGGAAAUCAGGUUGGCCAUUUAAAGAAAGAUCUUGCAGCUGCUUUGGCCUAUAUCAUGGACAACAAAUUGGCACAGAUUGAAGGGGUCGUUCCUUUUGGUGCAAACAAUGCUUUUACCAUGCCUCUCCAUAUGACUUUUUGGGGAAAAGAAGAAAACAGAAAAGCGGUUUUAGAUCAGUUGAAGAAACAUGGAUUUAAAUUGGGUCCUGCACCAAAAACUUUAGGAUUCAGUUUAGAAAGUAGUUGGGGCUCUGGAAGAGCUGGACCAAGCUAUAGUAUGCCAGUUCAUGCUGCAGUACAGAUGACAACUGAGCAGCUUAAAACAGAAUUUGACAAAUUGUUUGAAGAUUUAAAAGAAGAUGAUAAAACUCAUGAAAUGGAACCAGCUGAGGCUGUUGAAACACCAUUGCUUCCACAUCAAAAACAAGCUCUAGCUUGGAUGGUUUCACGGGAAAACAGUAAAGACCUUCCACCAUUUUGGGAACAGCGAAGUGACUUAUACUAUAACACAAUAACAAAUUUUUCUGAGAAGGAGCGACCAGAAAAUGUCCAUGGAGGAAUUUUAGCUGAUGAUAUGGGUUUGGGCAAAACUCUGACAGCCAUUGCAGUAAUUCUUACCAACUUCCAUGAUGGCAAACCUCUUCCUGUUGAAAGAAUUAAAAAAAGUCAACUGAAGAAGGAGUGUAAUGUUAACGAUCAAUCUAUGAAACUUGGAGGAAACAAUACCAGUGAAAAGGCAGAUGGACUAAUCAAAGGAUCUAGAUGUAGUGGAGAACCCAGUAUUUCAGAUGUCAAGGGAAAGAAUAAAUAUCCCAAGUCAGAAUUGUCUAGCUCUCGCCCCAAAAGAAGGAAAACUGCAGUCCAGUACAAUGAAAGCAGUGAUUCAGAGGAAAAUGAAGCAAGUGAAUUGCCACAGAAAAUGAAAGGCAAACUGAAAAAUGCACAGUAUGAGACUAAAAGAGUAAAAGCAGGGUCUUCUAAGGUUAAAGAAGAUGCAGAGUUUGCAUGUGCACUUAUUUCAUCUACCCCUACAACAAAAAGGAGAAUGUUGAAAAAGGGAGCAUCUGCAGUGGAGGGUUCAAAGAAAACUGAUGUUGAAGAGAGACCAAGAACAACACUGAUCAUCUGCCCACUUUCGGUGUUAAGCAACUGGAUUGACCAGUUUGGACAACAUAUAAAAUCAGAUGUGCACUUGAAUUUUUAUGUUUAUUAUGGUCCUGAUCGUAUAAGAGACCCAACCUUGCUUUCAAAACAGGAUAUUGUUUUGACUACAUACAACAUUUUAACUCAUGACUAUGGAACUAAAGGUGAUAGUCCAUUACAUAGCAUAAGGUGGCUAAGAGUAAUCCUGGAUGAAGGACAUGCCAUCCGAAAUCCAAAUGCUCAGCAGACAAAAGCUGUACUUGAUUUAGAGGCAGAAAGAAGAUGGGUGUUAACAGGUACUCCGAUUCAAAAUUCUUUAAAGGACUUGUGGUCUCUUCUUUCCUUUUUAAAACUUAAACCAUUUCUUGAUAGAGAAUGGUGGCAUAGAACAAUACAGCGUCCUGUCACAAUGGGAGAUGAAGGAGGACUUAGGCGUUUACAAUCCCUUAUUAAAAAUAUUACCCUAAGAAGAACAAAGACAAGCAAAAUUAAAGGAAAACCUGUUUUAGAGUUACCAGAACGUAAAGUAUUUAUUCAGCAUAUUACACUUUCAGAUGAAGAGAGAAAAAUUUAUCAGUCUGUGAAAAAUGAAGGCAGAGCUACUAUUGGAAGGUAUUUUAAUGAAGGGACUGUCCUUGCGCACUAUGCAGAUGUCCUGGGUCUUUUGCUUAUGCGGCAGAUUUGUUGUCAUACUCACCUUCUUACAAACGCAGUGUCUUCCAAUGUCCCUCAGGUAACCUUUUCUCUAGGAAAUGAUACACCUGAAGAACUACGAAAGAAGUUAAUAAGGAAGAUGAAGUUAAUUCUGAGCUCUGGUUCUGAUGAAGAAUGUGCAAUUUGCUUGGAUUCUUUAACAGUUCCUGUCAUAACACAUUGUGCACAUGUCUUUUGUAAACCCUGUAUUUGCCAAGUCAUUCAGAAUGAGCAGCCACAUGCUAAAUGUCCUUUAUGCAGAAAUGAUAUACAUGGAGACAAUUUAUUAGAAUGUCCUCCAGAAGAAUUGGCGUGUGAUACUGAGAAAAAGUCUACUAUGGAAUGGACAUCCAGUUCAAAGAUUAAUGCUCUAAUGCAUGCACUGAUUGACUUAAGAAAGAAGAACCCCAACAUAAAAAGUUUAGUUGUUUCUCAGUUUACAACAUUCCUGUCUUUAAUAGAAACACCACUCAGAGCCUCUGGAUUUGUAUUUACUCGUUUGGAUGGUUCCAUGGCACAGAAGAAAAGAGUUGAAUCAAUUCAGUGUUUUCAAAACACUGAAGCAGGAUCUCCAACUAUAAUGCUUCUAUCCUUAAAAGCAGGUGGAGUUGGUUUGAAUCUUUCUGCAGCUUCUCGAGUGUUUUUAAUGGAUCCAGCCUGGAAUCCAGCUGCUGAAGAUCAGUGCUUUGACAGAUGCCAUAGACUUGGCCAGAAGCAAGAAGUUAUCAUCACAAAAUUCAUUGUGAAGGAUUCUGUUGAAGAAAAUAUGCUGAAAAUACAAAACACAAAGAGAGAACUUGCUGCUGGAGCCUUUGGAACUAAAAAAACAAAUGCUAAUGAAAUGAAACAAGCUAAAAUUAAUGAAAUCAGAACUUUAAUUGAUUUAUAAUUUGUGGGAUUUGGUAAGGUCAGUUUGAUUAGAUAUAUAUGGAAAUUUUGGAAAUCAGAAAAUAGAGUUUUAGAAACGAGAUAUAGAGUAUGUCUUCUAAAAAGAGCAUAUCAUUUUAUAUUAGUAAAGUAUUACUGAUAUAUAGUCUCUUCUAUAUAUGAUCCUAUUUUUAAUGAUAUUUCAAAUAGCAAUAAGUUCUGUUAUAUACUGUGGCCUAAAAUAAUUUUUUCAGAAAGUUACUUUGUUAUUCAGCUUUUCAUAUUGUCUUUGCUGAGUAUUUUCAUAUAUCUUUCAAGUACUCAGCUUUUUCAUAUUUCAAAUAAGGUCAAACCUUUUAUACUUUUGACCAAAUAAAGAGUUAUUUUCUGUGUUGGACACAUUUGGUUAAUCACUAGAGCCUUCCAUUUGUGAUGUGAUGGAUUCAUAGUCCUUGUAAGCGAUUAAUACAUAGAUUAUAUACAAGAGAUUUUAUUACUUUGAAAAACCAUAUUUGCAUUCCAGAAUCAAACCUUAAAUGAGAGACUGAAGUCCAGGUUAGCAGAUUAACUUAUAAUUUUUUUUUUAACAGUUUGAGAUCUAAUUCAUAUAUGUGAUUUGCAGUUUUAUGUUUAUGAAAAUAUAGGGACUGUGUUAGAAUACUAUUUUUCUCCAUUUUAGUCAAGUAGUACUAUUGUUUAAAUGUAAUUCGAUGUGUUAGUGUGUAAAUACAGUUUGGGGGUGAGAAGGAACCAAUUCUACCCAGUUUAAUUUGAAUAUUUAAAUUAUGGAAUUGCUGAAUAGAUAUUUCUAUAUAGAGAGAUAAUUUUUAUUUAUGAUAGCUUUUUUUUAAAAAAAAUAACUUUAUAAAUUUUUAUAAUUCAGAAGACUACUAUAUGUGAGAGGCGUGAUAUCUGGAUGGAAGUUGGGCUGGAUGACCUCCAAAAUCGUUUCAACUCUUAAAGACAUCUUAAUCCUGAAUGGAAAAAUUUCUUUGUUAUUGUGUUUAGAAUCAGACAUUGAUUUUGGAACUUCAGUAAUUCACCCUACAUUUAUCUAUAAAAUUAGUCCUCUUUUUCUUACUUUUUGGUUAAUAAUCAGACUCACAGUAGUUGCCAUGGCAUUCUGGAUGACUCUUUGAGUCACAUUUAAAUAAGCUCUACAUUUGCCAAUCACGUUAGAAGCUCUACACUUGCCAAUCACGUUAGUGAGUGGUGUCCUUCCUUAAGGGGAACUUUUUAAUCCAAAGAAAGAUUACUGUACAGGAGAAGCUUCCUGUUUGACCAUGCAGACUUGAGAACACCUUUCAUUUUACUUAAAGUGUUAAGAAAUGACUUAAAGAUAAGCCUGGAGGCAGUGUGUUGUGUUCUAGGGCAUACAUCGAGCUAUGUGCUGAAUCUAUCAACAGCUAAAUUCUCCCCUCCCUUUGCCCGGUCUCCUGCUCCAAGGGAACAGUAUAUUAGGCAGCAAGAAUCUUCCCAGCCCCUCUUCUCUUUGGCUGCAGGUAAGGCAGAGGGCUGGGUCAAAGGAUCAACAGACCUUUCUGUACAGAUAGGAGUGGAAUAAUAACUUGUGGUUGGUCCACUAGCAUUAGGAGCAAUUGGGAAUUUCUUUACCUUGUAGAACUAGCAUUACACAAAAAAAAUCAGGUUGAUGAAAAUCUCAUGAAAUAUACUAUGUGGAUUUCUAUAUACCAGUACUCCCGUGAGAUUAAGUACAAAAAGAAUUUUCAGCAAAAAAAGAUACACUAUUCUUGCUUACAAAGGCAAAGCCUUGCAAACUCACUGUAAAAGACUUUGCUUGCCUCUUUACCCAUUUAUAGACUUGUUUUUAAACAUUCAUAAUGAUAAAUUUGGCAAGUCAUUUAAAAAAUACCUGUUUUUGUACAGUCCUAUUAAAAUUGGUGUUAAAUAAACAAAUUUAAUUCAUCCUAAGGAAAUACAUAUAUAAACCACCAGAAUGAAAAGUUCGUAUUAUGCUCUGCUGUUAAUUCUGUUUCAUCAUUAUAUAGAAUAAUAGCUUUAGAAGUAUCUUGAAGACAUUGUAUCCCACUUGUGGUUCAAACUGAAUUUUGUGGUUCAAACUGGAUUUUGUUUUAAAAUCUUAAAAUCAAUAAAAGUUUUAAAAAUCCACUUCUGUGCCAUAAUUUUUGUGACUUUUUC